AAGAAUGUUCAAAAUUACAAAUGGCUUUAGCUGAAUAUAAUUAUGAUGAUAUUUAUAAUGUUGAUGAAACAGGACUUUUUUUCAAAUGGAAUUUAAUCAAAUACUCAAUACAGAAAAAAAUUGUACUUCUUAUUGAUAAUACAGGUUCUCAUUUUAAUACAAAAAGAUUACAAAAAGUGUAUUUUGAUAAUUCUAGUAAAGAUGAAUUUGAUAAUGAACAAGAAUCAACUCAUCUACAACCUAUAGAUGCAGGAAUUAUUCAUGAAUUAAAUAAUGAUGAAGAAACUCAUUAUGAAGAAACUGAUGAAAAAGUUAUAGAUCUUAUUAAUAAUUUACCUGAAAAAGAUUGUGUACAAAGGUAUUUUCAAUUUAUUGAUUUUGAUAUUUCCACUGAAGAGAAUCUCACUGAAGAACAAAGUGAUAGUGAUGAUGAUGAAAUACUUCCAGUAUCAGUUAAAGGUGCAAUUAAUGGUCCCGAAGGGUGUGGUUAUAGAGGGGGUCCACUGUACAUAGAAUGUCAAAGUUCUAAUUAA